AUUUCCCACCAUGUAAUAUCAACCCUUUCUUUGUUUGCCGUCAUCUUCCUCUGACCUUGACCCCAUCUGUAUUAUAUGACUCAAAUACCUUUCAUAUCCCCAUUCCGCUAUUUACGUUGCUUGACCAGCCAGAUCGCGGCUGAUUUGAACUAGUUAUUCGGCUAGCAGCUUUUUCACAAUCCUCGGUCGUAACAGCCUCGCGUUGUCACUUUCGAACAUGUACCAUCACUCUUAGCCUUUCUUCAGAAGUCAAAUUCCUCUUUCAAACAGACUGCAGCCUGAUCCUGGCACUCCGAAGUCCCCAUGAACUCAUCCUCCUCCACUCACAAAAUGGCACUAGCUAUGCAAUCGGCAAUGUCCACGGCGGCGCAGGACGCCGAUCUGAUGGAUAUCGACAUUGACAUGGACAUGGAUGAUCAGGGACCACCUCUUGAUAAUGAGUUCGAACUUGAAGAAGGCGAAGAACCCUCAUUUGUCCCAUCCGGUGCGCCCGCUACCACCGACUCCGCCAACCUCAUCCCGGCCAUCUAUACCGAAGAUCCCGCUCUCGAGCCGCAGUGGAGCAAAAUCCAUAUUCGCGGCGUCGACGAAAUGCACACAAACGACAUCCUUGCCUUUGUACACGACCACUUUAGUGAAGUCGGCGACAACGUACAUGUCCAAUGGAUCGACGAUACUUCGGCGAACAUUUGCUUCAACGACAGCGACACUGCGAAACGAGCGCAGCUGGCGUUCCUCGCCAAUCCCAUCACGAUCGAAGAAUUGGCCGAUAACCCGUUCGAACUGCGCUCUGCGAAACAAUUGGCCAGUAGGCCUGGAAGUAUGCUUGCGGUUCGCGUUGCUCAGCAAGGUGACAGGAAGAAGAAAGGUGCUAGAGAUGCAAGCAGAUACUACCUCAUGCACCCCGACCAAGACCCCACGGAGCGAAUGCGAAGAGAGUUCGAAACCAGUCGUGGUGACUACCGGCGUAGAAGAUUUGACGACCGCGAACUCCACAGACGAAGGAGAGACAACGACCGUGCGACCGGAGAUGAUGCCGGGGGCUUCUCGGCAAACAUGUACGAUGAUGCACCCACGACGGACACAGAGCUCAACAAAGCAAGAGGACGAGAUCUGUUUUCGCGCGUCACAAAGACGAGACGACGGAGCGCCAGUCCAGGCGCGCGAACACGUAGCAGCGAUGAUAUCGACAUCUCAGAUUCAGACGAUGAUAGACGGAUUCGACGGAGAGGCUAUCGCGAUCGCGGUGACCGCUUCCGCUCCAACGCAGGAAAGGAACUGUUUGAAUCUUCCACCUCAGACUCCAAGAUCGGUGGUGGUCUACGAUCUGAUAGACUGGAACUCUUUCCCAACAAAGCUACGGAUGCAGAUACCUCAAUGUCGACCGAUCAAGCUCCUGCACCACCUAGACCGACCGUCGAUGCCACACAAAAUCGUGCCAAUACCGCCGCAGCGAAGCGACUGAAGGCUGAUCUAAUAUCCGCCGCACAAACCUCCCCUCGCUCAAAUCACCGCAGAAGCCAUGCCAUGGACGCCAAGAAUGAAGAGAAUCUCGCGGAGAGGUUUGCUAGAAAGAGUAUUUCGAUUGACAGCACCAAGUCAAUGAGGAAUGGGGCGUCAAAUGCGGGAGUUGAAUUGUUUCCGUCAAGUGGCGGCAAUGCUGGCGGCCUAUCCAUCAAAGGAUUAUCCGAGAAUGGAGGUCCUGGAGGUUUCAGCAUCAAAGGCUCCGGAGGGCUGAGUAUCAAGGGCCGCGCUUUGGAAGUCAAGGAGUUGUUUCCCAAUCAGUACAGUCGGAGCAGCAAGGGGAACGAAGGAAAGGAGCUAUUCGACGAGCCGGUCAGGGAAAAGCGGGUGAGGAGGAGAGCAGGAGAUUUGUUUGACUGAACCUCAGCGACCGAGUUGCUCGGUUACAUACCAUCAACGUCACGACCCUUUUUUCGUUCUGAAUCCGAACUUGCAGGUUGGGCAACGCAAACUCCGUCUGGUCAUGCGUACGGAAUGAGGUCGCCACAAACCCGCUGAGACCAAACUUGCUCCCAUCACGAGUUCAAAGCGGAAUCUGAUCAAUCAAGGAAGGGGACAGAAGUUACAGUACUUAGGUGCUGUAGGUAAUUGGACAUUCGUGCCUUGAGUGGCAAAGCGAUGAGUUUUUGACGAAUCACGAGGAGAGAGAACAUGGGAAAGAAAGGCCAGAGAAAAAAAAAGGAGCGCAAAAGUAGAAUAGGACUGCGAAGAGGGCGAAUCCUCGUUCCUACUAUUUCAUCCCAUCUCGAGUUUCAUUUCAAUUCAUUUCGGUUCC